AUGGUGGGCAUAACUGAGCGAGUAUAUGCGUCUGUAGUGGCCAAGCCGGACAAGUUGCAAGGAAUGGCCGCCCCCUUUGGGCCAAACAGCUCAGCCACACUCAGGCGGUCGCUCCGCAGACCUACAUCCAUCAUGAGUCAAGAGAUUGACCAGAAGAUCGCGGAGACAUGGAAGCAUAUUCAGACGGAACGAAAGAUUCUGGAGGCGACCCAACUCAUACGCCAGGCCACCUCAAACCAGGAUGUUCUGAGGAAAAAUGAAAUUAAGAUCAGGGAUGCAGAGCGCUCUCUAGCGUACUUCGAAGAUACCCUCCGCGAGCUACAAGCACGGAAAGCUCAACUCGCUCAGCGGGAUGAUCCAGCAGUUCCACCCAAGGGAAAGCAAUAUACCAACUUAGAUUUGAUCAAGGCGGACACACCAUUUACCCCAAAGAAGAUAUCCAAAAUGCUGCACCAGCUGGAGUUCAAGCACCAGGUCGAAAUGCAGUAUAAAAAGGGCAUCGACAAAAUGGCAAAGCUCUAUCAAGCCGACGGGGACAAGAAAUCAAAAGCCGAUGCGGAAAGUAAGCGAUUUGAAAGUGACAAGAAGAUACAUCUUCUAGAAUCGGCGCUUAAGCGAUAUAAGAAUUUGCAUAUCUUGGAUGAUGUUGUAGAAGACGAUGAAAACGAUGGUACUGGUAAUGAUGGUGAACGGAAGGAUAAACUACGUUCUAAACCUCUCUCUGGGACACUAUAUGUCACAGUCAAGGGUGCCCGGGAGUUGGAUCACGCUCCUGUUAUCGCUGCGUCGCGUUCCCGUUCAGCUUCGAAGGUCACGGAAACCCAUGUUUCGAUAAAAGUUGAAGGGACGCAACUGGCAAAGUCGCAUCCUUCGCGCACCGACCGAUGGAAUGAAGAAUUUGAAAUCUCUGUGGACAAGGCAAAUGAAGUUGAAAUCGUCAUUUACGAUAAACAAGUUAGCGAGCCUCACGCAAUACCCAUCGGCCUAUUAUGGAUUAGAGUCACCGACCUUGUCGAUGCCCUAAGGCGACAGAAGGCAGGCAUGGACGGACAAGGCGGCUGGGUCACUGCUGGCGCGAUGCCGGGAGACAAUCCAGCUGGAAUGUCUAUACACCCACAACAUGGAGACAUGAAUUCUCCGCUCGGGUACGGCGCCAAUGCUGCUGGAAGUAAUCCUAGUUCCGGAUUUUCUGGUCAAGGAUCCGAUGGGAUUGAUGCAUGGUUUGCUGUUGAACCAGCUGGUGCAAUUGCUCUGCAUCUCAACUUCGUCAAGGAGAACGUACGAAAGAGACCGUUAGAUGGCGCAGGCUUGGGUGGUCUGGGCCGACAAGGCGCUGUAAGGAAGCGCAAGGGAGAAGUACACGAAAUGAACGGGCACAAAUUUGUGCAGAGGCAAUUUUACCAACUCAUGCUUUGCGCAUUCUGCAACGAUUUCCUACUCAAUGCUCUUGGGUAUCAAUGCGAAGACUGCCGAUAUACUUGUCAUAAAAAGUGUUAUGAAAAAGUUGUCACCAAGUGUAUAUCAAGGUCGGGCACUGGGGAAGGCGAUGAAGAAAAGAUCAACCAUCGUAUACCACAUCGUUUCGAACCCCUUACCAACAUUGGUGCCAACUGGUGCUGUCACUGUGGUUAUAUGUUGCCUCUUGGACGUAAGAAUUCUCGAAAAUGUUCCGAGUGCGAUAUUACCUGCCAUGCUAACUGUGCUCACCUUGUACCUGACUUUUGUGGUAUGUCAAUGGAGACGGCCAACGAACUUUUGAAAAAUUGGAAAGACAUAAACCAACAACGCAGUAAAGCACAAACAAGUAGACCAGCUGGCAGACAAUAUAACGAGCCCGCUCACACUGCAUCACCUUCACUGGACUCCACAAUGGAUCGCUUGAAAUUAGGCGGUCCUGAAGUCGGUCCCCCGCCUAUUGACCCUUACGGUAGACCAAUUUCAGCAACACCUCCUGAUAGAUACCAGCCCCAAGAUCCACGAAUGUAUCAACCGUCAUCACCGCCACAACAACAACAACAGGUCUUACAGCCUUACGGACAACCUGCCAGACCGCCUCCGGGUGCUAGAGUUCCAAUACCACCCGCAUACCCUCAAGAUCCUAUGCUGAAUCGUCCACCAAAUCAAUACGAUGUUGGCCCUCCUCUACAGGUAGACCCGAAUUACGGGUCGGGGGGAUAUCCAUCUCCACGAAUGCAACAGCAACAGUUACAACAGCAGCAGCAAGGUUCUCCUCAAGCAAUGAAGGGUGCAUUACCUCCAACACCACAGGGAAGACCAAUGGACCGCCCAGGUUCUGCCCCAGUUCCACAAUCCCAGCGUAUAAUGCAACAGCAGAUUCCAGCACGGCAGGCGUCCCGUAAAAGGAAGGUUGGACUCGAUGAUUUCAAUUUCUUGGCUGUUCUUGGAAAAGGAAACUUUGGUAAGGUCAUGUUGGCUGAAGAAAAGAAGACCAAUGGUCUAUAUGCGAUCAAAGUCUUGAAAAAGGAAUUCAUCAUUGACAAUGAUGAAGUAGAAAGCACUCGUUCGGAAAAGCGUGUUUUCCUUGUUGCUGCUAGGGAACGUCAUCCAUUCCUGCUUGGACUACAUUCUUGUUUCCAGACGGAAACUCGAGUUUACUUUGUUAUGGAGUAUGUUAGUGGGGGUGAUCUUAUGUUGCAUAUUCAGCGAAAACAGUUUUCUCUGCGACAAGCAAAAUUCUAUGCCUCAGAGGUCCUUUUGGCUUUGGAAUAUUUUCACGCCAAUGGCAUCAUUUAUCGUGAUCUAAAGCUUGAUAACAUUUUGCUUACAUUGGAUGGCCAUGUCAAAGUCGGUGAUUAUGGUCUAUGCAAGGAAGAAAUGUGGUAUGGACAGACGACGAGCACCUUCUGCGGUACUCCAGAAUUUAUGGCACCUGAGAUCCUUCUCGAGCAACGUUAUGGACGGGCCGUUGAUUGGUGGGCUUUCGGUGUUUUGACUUAUGAGAUGCUUCUGGGGCAAUCCCCUUUCCGUGGAGAUGAUGAGGAUGAAAUAUUCGACGCUAUCUUGGAAGACGAACCCCUUUACCCUAUAACAAUGCCUCGGGAUGCUGUUUCCAUAUUGCAGAAGUUGUUAACUCGUGACCCUGCUCGACGUCUUGGAUCAGGGAAGGAAGACGCAGAAGAGAUCAAACGACAGCCAUUCUUCAAGGACGUCAAUUUUGACGACGUAUUAAAUAAACGAAUUCCUCCCCCAUAUUUCCCCACAAUUAACGGCAGUGCCGAUACCAGCAAUUUCGACGAAGAGUUCACGCGCGAGCAACCUACUCUGACCCCAGUACACGGCCAACUGUCGUCUCGCGAUCAGGCAGAAUUCAAUGGUUUCUCAUGGGUUGCUGCCUGGGCUGAUAAUUGA